GUAUUCUGUUGGGUUGGGUUAAUUUUGUUGAGUUUAGUUAUUUGUUGGUUGGGCUUGGAGUAUUCUAUUGAGCCGAGAUAAUUUUUUAUGAGUAGAAUUAUUUAUUUGGAUUGUGAUUAAUUUAUUUUUGCAGACCUUGACAAGAUUUCAUCAUGUCAAUUGAGAAGGCUGACUCUGUAUUUGUUUUACCUAUGGAUGGGAUCAUCGAAUUGACGAGCCAUGCUGUUAUCGUGGCAUUCUCCGAUUUCCAUUUUUGGAGCAGUCUCUGUCGGUUUCCUGGUUUCACCGGUGAGAUAACCCAAUUUUCCUUUGCCUUCAACUAUUAGUUUGAUCGAUUGGGCCCACUCUCGAAAAUUCCUUCCGUUCAAUUUUUCGACAGUGAGUUGAAAGGAAGAAUUUUCAAGGUUAUUGGAGCCCAUGGAAGAGACUGCCUCCGUCUCGGUUUGGAACACUUUUCCAGUCGAUUCUUUGCUGUUUUCUGUCAUGGAGUGCUAGGAUAAUUGACGCCUAGCUCUGAUACCAUGUAGAAGCUGACGAAUCACCCAAUAAUUUUUGUGUGUCUUAUUUUUAUUUCAUCCCUAACAUAUUUAUCCAACCACAUACACAUAAAUAUGGAAAUACAAUUUCCUAAUCUAAGGAAAGCAAAUAUCUUUACCUAUCUAAGGAAAUAACUAUAUAAAGUACAUCAAUCAUGCUAAAUUAAUUACUAAUUAACCGGUUUUCUACAAGAGGACUAACGGUAUUGGUCAUGUGAUUAAAGGCUCCUGAGUCAAAGAACCAUGACUUAGAAGAUGCUGUAAGACCUGAGAGUCCAAAAGCAGAGAAGUCAGAAUUGAUCAUUUGUUGUACCAUUUCAGGGGUGAGGGUAGAUGCAGAAGCAGGAUUAGGAACAACGUGUGAGGCAGUAGGCAAUGUUGUAGAGCCAGAGACACUAGUGGAGGCAUGAUAGAUAGCGGUAUGCUUCUUUUCAGGUCGAAUAGGACAAACAAAGAUGUGAUGGCCUGGCUUCUUGCAGUAAUGACAUGUUUCUUAGGACAAUCCUAAGCAAUGUGACCAAAACCUCUGCAGUUGUGGCACUGGACAGCUCACAUGUCUCAACCUUUAUUCCUCCCUUGUGCUACAUAAGCCACAGUAACAGGACCACUAAUAGUAUCCCUAUGUUCCAUGGUAGCCUGGGUAACUAUACGUUGCUCCUCACGAAGAAGUUCACCCAAACAAGUAUUCAGAUAUGGUACAAGAUGACAAUUCAUCAUAUUAGAUCGUGCAGCCUCAAAAUCGAGAUGUAACUUCAUAAAGAAUUGAUCCCUCUUGCUUGUCCCAUGCACUGUUUGAACAGCAAAUAGAGCUACAGCGAAAACAUUUGCAUAAACAAUAUCUAAAUAUUCAGCCCAAAGAUUUUGAAAACCUAAAAAAUAUUCUUCAAUUGAUAAGACUUUCCUGUGUAAAAUUAGCCAUCUCAUACUCCAAUUGAAAACGUCGAGCUGUAUUGUCCUGUUUGUACACCUUACUAAGAUAAGCCCACAUAUCAACAGCAAUUUUGUAAGGCCUCAGAUUGAGUAUGAGGUGAGACUCAACUGAACUAAGGAUCCAGGUCACGAUCCGAGCAUCCUUGAUUUCCCACUUCAACAAAGCUUCGACAUCUUUUGGAACGGGAUCACUUCUAUCAAGAUGACCCCAUAACUCUUUUCUUUUGAAAAAUAAUUGAAAUUGGAUCUCCCAAGCCGAGUAAUUUUUCCCAUUAAAACAAAUCAGGAAUGAGUGUAACUUGUUAGAUGACAUGAUGGAAUAAAAUAUUUAACCCAAUAAAGAGACCUACACCACAAAUCACACUACAAACCGCAAAGCCCAGCAAUGGAACAAAAAAUUAACUAAGAGGUGGCCCAAAAUUAAAUAACUAAGCAGAGGCCCAAAUGAUUAAAUCACUAACCAAAGACAGAGAAGCUACCGACCGAAGGCCACAAUACACACCCAAGAACCAAAGAUCGAACGUCCAAACUGCUGAACCGGAGAAGACGGUAUGUAUCCAGCAAUCGAAGGUAGAACCAGACCAAGAUUUCGAAAGAGACCACUCACCGGAAUUGAAAAGCUGUAGAAGAAGACCGAAAAUCAAACCGGAGCUGGAAAGACAUCGAAGAAGGGCCGAGAAUCACACAUCCAACACACGGAACAGCCCUAACGCCAAAAGAGGAAUGUCAGAAGUUGGAGCCCUUGCUUCGAUACCAUGUCAAAAAGGCCAAAUAAUUGAGAGAAUUUCUGUAGAAACGUGUUCUUCCAUUGUUGCCUCUAUUGUAAAUAUACAAGGAAAAUAAAUAAACAUAAUUCCUAAAAAUCAGCUUUCUUCCCAAAUAUAAAUAUAACUGUGUACGGUAAUAGUAAAAACUGCUCUUUAUUUGCAUUUCAUUUUUAGUUAUUAGUUGAAGGGAUAGGUGAUCUGUGGGGACACAUUAAUGGAAGUCUUCCAUACCCUGAUCAAGAGAAAGACAAGGAAAAGUAUUUUGCGUGGAAGAUCAAGGAUUCUCUGGUUAUGGCAUGGAUCAUUGAAUCUGUUGAUGCCUAAAUUGUUCUUAAUCUCAGAUCUUACAAGUCGGCUCAUUUUAUGUGGUAGUACUUAAAAAAUGGUUUACACUCAAAGCAACAAUACUCGGCGACUUCAGUUGGAGUUUGAACUAGCAAAUUUUUCUCAAGACUCUCGCUCCAUUGAAGAAUAUUAUUUCAGGUUUUUUGCCUUUUGGAGUGAAUACACUGACAUUAUGUAUGCUUUGGUUUCACUUGACAGUUUAGAGUCUCUCCAAGCUGUGGAUGAAGUCACCAAGAGGGAACAACUUCUCAUGAAUUUGUGAACAGAAUUUGAAUCUAUCAAGUCCUGUCUAAUGAAUUGCAAAUCUAUUCCAAUGCUGGAUAGCUGUUUGGGUGUUAUUUCUUCUGAAUAUGUCCGUGGAAAACAGACCGAGCUAAGUAAUUCAAACAGCAAAGCCGCAUCUGCUUUUUUACCUCCGAUUCCUCGGAAUGAAGGUAUUAUUUCUUCUAAACGUUUAUGUGGAAAAGGGACAGAGCUAAGUAAUUCAAGCAGCAAGGCCACAUCUGCUUAUAUACAUCUGAUUCCUUGGAGUGAAGGUGAGAUCUUGAAAUCCUCCAACUUAAAAGGCUUCACAUUCAGCAAUCUUAAGGCAGCCACAAGAAACUGGGACAUUUUAUUAGGGGAAGGGGGUUUUGGUUCUGUUUUCAAGGGAUGGGUUGAUAAAAACUCACUUGAAGCUACAAAGCCUGGGGUUGGGAUGGCGGUGGCUGUUAAGAGGCUAAACCAAUAUGGGUUUCAGGGUCACAAGGAAUGGUUGGCAGAAGUCAACUAUCUUGGGAAGCUGCGCCAUCCUAACCUUGUGAAAUUAAUUGGUUACUGCUUGGAGGAUGACCAUAGACUUUUGGUUUAUGAGUUCAUGCCCAAUGGGAGCAUGGAGAAUCAUCUAUUCAGGAGAGGUUCUUACUUCCAGCCACUUUCCUGGAACCUAAGAAUGAAAAUUGCUCUAGGUGCUGCAAGAGGACUUGCCUUUCUUCACUGUGCUGAGAUAGGAGUAAUAUAUCGAGACUUCAAGACUUCAAAUGUCUUGCUUGACUCGAACUACAAUGCAAAACUAUCUGAUUUCGGGUUGGCAAGGGAUGGGCCAACUGGUGGUAAGAGUCACGUCUCAACUCGAGUCAUGGGAACUUAUGGAUAUGCUGCUCCCGAGUACAUAUCCACAGGCCAUUUAUCUACCAAGAGUGAUGUAUACAGCUUUGGAGUGGUACUUUUAGAAAUUUUAUGUGGUAAGAUAGCAAUAGACAAGAGUCGGCCAAGCGGGAAACAUAAUUUGGUUGAAUGGGCAAAACCUUACCUGAUGGACAAACGUAGAAUGUUGUGCAUUCUAGACCCUUGUCUUGAAGGGCAGUUCUCAAAGGGCCAAGCCUUAAAGGCAACUACCCUUGCACAUCGAUGCCUAUCCGCGAAUUUCAAGUUUAGGCCAAACAUGGACGAGAUCGUAAAUGCUUUAGAACAGGUUCAGGAACAGGUUUCAGGAGUUUAAGUGCACUUCAAAAAUGAUCACAUUGUUGGGUUGUAUGCUCGUGUAAUAUAGUUUUGCUGAUGUAAAAUAAUAAUUUUUAUGAUAAACAAAUUGUGGUUUUUAUUUA